CUAGCCAAGGGAGAUAACCUACUUACAGGAAAGCCCUCUUGCCAGCCUUUUAAAGUCAAGCUGGGUAAGAACUGACUAGUCACGUGAAUUCUCGUUUCUUUUCACGUUACGAGGGAACAAGAUGGCGAUGCCCAUACCUAACUUGGCAUUGCGUGGAUCAGAUGGUGUUUGGGUUCUUCAAGGUUCCCCUAACAAAACCAAAGAAGUGUUUCGAGGGGAUUGCAAAACAGAAUGUCGUGCCAUGGCUUUCUCUAUGAAUGGGCAAUAUUUUGCCUGGAGUGAUGAAGAUGGUAUCAAAGUUAUGAAAACCAGCAACUAUGAAAAAGUGAUGGCAAUUGAGAAGUCCAGAAUAUCUGGACUUGCAUUUUCCCCUCUUGGGACAUACCUCAUAUCUGCUGAUAUCUCAAGUCAAAAGAAAGAUGUUCCUAACCUGUGUAUUUGGGAAACAGCCACAGGUAAAUUGUUGAAAGGAUUCUUCCAUAAAAGGAUGUCUGAUUGGAAGCCCAGUUGGACUCCUGAUGAUAAACUGAUGGUCCGUCUACACAACAACGAUGUUGAGUUUUAUGAAAAUGGAGAUUUUGAUAAUCCAAAGACACGUCUUCAUGCUGCAAAAAUUUCUGAAUAUGCUUUUUCUAAGAGCGACCAUGUUGCCAUCUAUAUUCCUGGGAGUAAAGGUCAGCCAUCAAAUAUUCGAAUCUUCAAACAUCCCAACUUCAAUGGAUGUCCCUUGGCAAAUAAGAGCUUUUUCAAAGCUGACAAAAUUACAAUGUAUUGGAAUAAAGCUGGUACCGGUUUGCUUGUGAUUACAUCAACAGAAACUUCAGACAAGUCAUAUUAUGGAGAAACUGGCCUUCAUUACCUUAGUAUAAAAGGUGAAGGUUGCCUUGUACCAAGAGCUAAAGAUGGUCCUGUCUACUGUGUGGAGUGGCAUCCCAAUUCUACCCAAUUCUGCGUGGUUUAUGGUUUUAUGCCAGCCAAAGCUACACUCUAUAACUUGAAAUGUGAUCCUGUAUUUGAUUAUGGAACUGCUCCACGGAAUUCAGCCUUUUAUAACCCACAGGGAAACAUUUUGUGUUUGGCUGGAUUUGGUAAUUUGCAAGGUGAUUUGGAAUUCUGGGAUCUUCAGCAACAAAAAGUGAUCAGUUCUACUAAAGCAAUGGAUACAACACAUUUUGCUUGGUGUCCUGAUGGUGUUCACUUUAUUACAGCUACCAUGGCUCCUCGACUCCGUGUUGGUAAUGGGUAUAAACUGUGGCAUUAUACUGGAAGUAUUUUGGCUCAGUUGGAAAUACCGUCUGGAAAAGAAUUAUGGGAGUCAUUAUGGAUGCCAGAUAUGGAUGGCAAAUUCCCUUCGAAAUCUAUUGUGUAUAAGAAGGUACCAUCAACCCUACCAUCAUAGAAAAGAACACUGAAACCUGUUGCUGCCUAUCGCCCUCCACACGCUCGCGGUCAGCCUGCUUCAGAUUUUAAGUUACAUGAAUUCGAACCUCCUUCCAAUAAAAAAAUUCCAGGUCUUAAUUCUGGAGACACAGGAAAAAAAGGUAAUAAGAAGGCUAAAGGUCAGAAACAGAUUCAACAAGCUAACAUCCCUGGAUUAGCACCAAUCACUGUUGAAAAGAAAACAAAUUCUGAAUCUGCCGAUUUUGACAAAGAUAAAAAAAUAAGGAAUUUAAAGAAGAAAAUUACUCAGAUAAACAAGCUGAAAGAGCAACAGAAAACUGGCAAAAAACUCGAUGAAACUCAGUUACAAAAAAUAUCUAAGUAUGAUGAAAUUACGAAAGAGAUUAAUGAAUUGAAACUGCAAUAACCGUUCAGGCCUUCAUCCAGUAGAAAUGGUUGAAGAACUUACGGUGAAAUUCCAAGUGUUCCAAUCCAUUGAGGUAAAGAAAAACAACAAAUCAGAACUUUAAUAAACAAAAAUAAAAUCUACUUUGAUUAUAGACAUA